AUGACAAUAAGCUUCAAUUUCAGAGAUAACGAAAUUGUCUCCUCGCCAACAGUUAUAGUCAGCGGAUCUACCUCGCACCAUUUACAACGAGGAGUUGUUGGAUUCAUAAACAAUGACAACAAGGUUUUCCCUCCACAAUAUUUUGAGGUCAAUAAUGGACAAUUCAAGGCAAUUGUUCAUGUAUCCCCCAAUGAAGUAAAUCAUUUCAAGGUGGAAAUAAUGAGUAAUGGAUAUAUAUCAUCUUUUGGAUUUCCAGAGUACAAUGGAGGUAAGCCACAAGUCGUGGAUACGGGACUGUUGAAACUAAGUUUCAAUCCCUUGCCGCAGAAUAAACCUGUUCACUUGUGCAUCAUCCGAGCCAGAGACUCGCCUGGUGUUUAUGACAUACCACAUUACAGGCUUAAUCGAGGCGAGCGACCAACUUUAGAGAAUGCAAUAAAGAAAUUAAAAGUGGCAGGAAGAAUGAUGCAAGCAUUCACGCAAGACGAAAUGCGGUCUGUUGGAUUUAGUAAUAGAUCUUUUCAAUUUACCGAAGAGGAAACACACGAUCAAACGAUAUUCGGAUACACUGUUCAAUCGCCAACACCCCAUAAUGAAAUUAAAGUGCAUGUCUUAACCAGUCCUAAAACAGUUGCCGAAUUGCGCAGCCCUGACUUGGCACAACAGAAUCCACAUGCAAAAGAUAACGGAGGAUUAUUCAGUCAUGCGAUUGAUUUGGUGAAAAAGACACCGGAAAUCUUCAACACUGAACAAGGAACUGCUGUACAGUGUGCUGUGAUGUACCUUGACUCGACUUAUGACAAGAAAAACGAUAUGAUUCUUACUCAUGCUGCACUUGGAGGUGGUACAAACGAAGUGAAAAUGGCUAUAUUUGGUUCGCAUGGUCUUCACUCGUAUCCUCAAAACUUCCCAUUGAUUACUCCAUCGUAUUUGGAUGAGACUAGGUUGUCAAAAAAUGAAGUUGCAAAUGAUUGUAAUGAGUGUGGUACUACCUGGGAGUGUUUGAAUAUUUGUCUUGGUGCUUUCAUGCACGAAAUCGGACAUGCGUUAGGGUGCCCACAUCAAGUCGAUGGAGUAAUGUUGAGAGAUUAUGUGCGAUUCAAUAGAUCUUUCAUGACACGCGAGCUCGAGUGUUUGAGAACUAGAAGCAAGGGUGAGGUUAUUGGCAAUAAUGGCAUGUGGUCUCAAUCGUGUCAUUGGAACCGAUUGGAUUUGAUAAGAUUUUUAUACCACGACUCGUUUGCACUUCCUGUUGACCAAUUUGACAAGGUAUAUUCCACAACGAGGAAACCAAACUCUUCGUACCAAUACAAUUCAGCCCCUACAGCGUAUCCAUUACCACUGGGUGAGAGCGUUGCAAAAUCGGAUUGUGGAAUCUUUUUAAUGGAAAUUAUAGAUGGAGAUCUUGCCAGAGAACACGUUGCAUUUUUACCCCCUGGAUAUGGAGGCCCAGGUGUUCAAUCAGAAAUCAAUUUGAACUAUAAUCAGUUCUUGCAAAAGUUAAGAGCAGUAAAAAGAGACGCUAAUGACGAAUUCAAAAUAAGAGUUCUCUCAUUGGGCGGAGAUUUGUUUAUUGACAAUUUCAAAAAGCACUCUUCUGAACUGCGUCAGGAGUUAAUUGAGAGCGAUUUUGGUUUGGGUAGAGGCAGCCUUUUGGGAGCAAAAAGUUCAUUACUUGGUCAAGCCAAAGGACCAAUCCACAUCACGCAAUUUCCACUUGCGUCGGUAUAUAAAGUAAGGGUUUAUGCAGGUGGCGCACUUGAUGGCAUUAAAUUCUACUAUAAAACGAGUACAGGAUCAGCACCAUUGCAACCAGCACCAGAGUUGCCAUUAAGAAACUAUGCAAAAAAAAUGUUUGGAUUCGAUAAAAGAAACGCCAAUCCACCUGUUAAUUCAGCACAUGGACAAACUGAGGGUACAGCCUUGGUAGGUAAGGAAAAAAAUUCAUACUCGGAAUUUGCUUUGCAACCAGGAGAACACAUUGUUAAAUUUAACAUCAGAAAUGGUGCUUGGGUCGAUGCUGUGCAGUUUGUCACUGACCAAAACCGUGUAUCGCCAAUGUUUGGUAAUACUAAUGGUGGACACGUCUCGUCUCUUGAAGCACCAGGUUCGGGAACACAAGUUGUAGGAAUGUUUUUCUAUCUUGGUAGUUGGAUUGAUGGUAUUGGUAUUAUUUACACCGUGACCUAA